UAUAAAAGCAGCCGCAGCGAUCCUACAAGUUGCAGUUUUGGGGACAGAGCGAAGACAAGCGAAAAACAACCUGCCUGGCAUCCCAAGGCCAACAACACAGGUGAUCAACCAACAAAGAUGGAAGAAAAACUGGCAGCUCUUGAAACCAGGCUGAAGGCCAGCGAACAAAAGAUUGAGGAACUGAAGAUUAGAGAGAAAACCAUUGUGGCAUUCAGCGCAUCAGCAGAAUAUGGUGGUGCCCAUGGACCCUUUGACGCAGACACAACUCUGGUUUACAAUACCCCAAUUGCAAACUUUAGUGAUGCCUACAAUAAAUUUACAGGUGUGUUUGUUGCACCUGUUGCAGGCGUUUACCACUUCGUCAUCUUCUUCCAGGCUGGAGGACAAUAUGCAGCAAACCUGACUCUGUUCAAGAACGGAGAGCCAGUCGUUAUGACAACCGAUGAAGCAGCCAGCUAUGACAGUGCCGACACUGGAGGAAAUGCAGCGGUCCUGGAGCUGAAGAAAGGGGACCAGCUGUAUGUGCGCAUGGCUAAAGGCAGCCAUGUUUUGGCAGCAACCCAGCACACCACCUUCAGUGGUUUUCUGAUCCGUCAAAUGUGAAAAGUGAUGACACCAGAAAAAUGAUUCCAGCAGCCUGAGAUCAGUGAUGUAACCACAAUUAAAUUAAAUUAUUAAGUUAUCAUAAAUUAAGUUGAAACAGGUGGCUGUUGCUGUCAUAUUACUGUGUUCAGCCAAAAUAAAUCAUCACCAGUCAAA